UCGUAGCUGAGGGCUGUGGAAUAUUUGGGGGGUCGGCAGGCUGGCUUCAGCUCAACUGAGGAGAGGUGGAAUUCCUCGAAACACUCUGGUCUCAGACAUACACACACUCAUACACACGCACGUACUCACACACGCACAUGCACACGCACACACACACACACACACACAUCUUUCUCAGCACUUCAGAGGAUGUGUGGAUGUGUGUGUGGGCUCUGGGCCCUGACUGAAUCUCAGAACCUGUCAUUGAUCAGUAUAUAAUAUGGAAGUACAGUAGAUCCUUAGUACUGGUUAUGGUGAUGUGGUGUCUGGCCACCAGAUGGCGCUUGUGUGCACAUGCACAUUGGGAGCACAGUGCUCCCUAGUGGACACUUUGUAAACUACCCUGCAGUGCAUUGCAUAAUUACACACCAGGGAUUUAUCUGUACAGUAAUUACACCUGCAUCCAACAUGAGUGACACAAAACAGUUGUUUUACAGCGGAUCUUAAUUUCGUCAUUUAGGUGAGCCACAGGUAAUAUCUGUGCUGAAUAAAUAUUUAGGAAUUUCAGAUCAGUGGUUGUCCUAACAUAGCUAUUCUUAGAGUUAUAAACCAAAACAAUCCAUAAACGAGUCCCUGUUUAAAACAACGACAGGUGUUCUAAAGCCUUAGUAUGCAGGCCUGCUGGCAGUAUGUUGCAUUCAUAAGGAAACCUUAUUGAAACGGCAGUGUUGCAGUAAGAAGCGUAACACUGUAGGUUCGGUGUAAUGUAAAUAAACUGGUCUACAGACGCCUACCUGGGAUUCUGAUGCGCAACGUACGGAUGCUAAGGACGGCUGUCGUUAGGGAAAGACGCCACUGUUUACAGCCCCAGUUGUUUAUGGGAGUAAACCAUGUGUGCCGGGCCUGGGAGGAAGGGGUGGGGGGUACAUACGCGGUCAGCAUGACGACACUUCUGUGGAUGCGUCAACGAUAAAUAAAUUUCACUCGGGUUGGAACGACUGGUCUCGCGCGCAGAGGAGAGCGAACACAGCCGCGCGACGGAAAAAGCACAGUUUAAUUUGAACGCGUGCGGAAAGAAGAAUAAAUCCAGAGCAGUGGUUUCCGCGGUGUCUGCGCGUGCAGGAAAGAGGCUAAUCCGGAGCGACUGGAAGGCCGACGCGGAGCGCCCACUGGCACGGGGAAAGGGGAGGGAGGGAGGACAGUCUGAAAGAAAGGCAAGACUAAACAAACCGUGAGCGCGUGAAUCCGGGGGUCGGCUGUAGCUAAUAAGUAUCCCAGACCACAACUGGCGAAGAGAAGGAACGGAAAACUGAAGAAGCGGACGCGCUGAAAAUAAAUAAUUAAAUCGGAAGUGAGCGUCAUCCGCAGUGUGCAUCCUUCUCCUUGCAUCACCUGCACAUCCGAGACAGUGGCAGACGGAGAGGAAAGGGAAGGGAAGAGGGAAAUAGGGAUACUGCGCGCGAGGACGAGAGGAAUAUUCCAACAUCCCUUCUUUUGUAUCACCGGCGGGGUCUCUGUCCGCGCGGCGGGUGCUGAAUUUUGUGGAAAUGCUGGGUGGCGGUGCAGCGCUGAAGGCUGGCACAUGUCGGCACGUUUGAACCAGCCGUCCCCGCCCUGCAAGGUCCACUUCAGCUCGCGCUGAUCCUGCAGGACAGGGCGGCUUACGUAAUAUUGACGGGAACACGGCUAGGGACAAGAAAAGGACCGAAACGCGCAGCAGAAGUGAAACCAGAAAUAAGAAACUGCCAAAUUCGCUUUAAUUUGCAACGUGGUAGAGACUGUGUGCAGGUUUUUAAAGAAUGCCAGCAUUGCAACAUGGAAUUGCACAGAUUAGUGGAUGUAAAUAAUUGAGUGAUGUUUAUUCUUAACGUGUUAGGACUACGGAAUGUAAUUCCCAAUAUUAGUUUUAUGUGUUUGCGUGAGAUGUUUAUAUUUAUUCAAACGAUAAAUAUAUAAAUAAAUGCCAAAUUUAGGCCGUCGACUGACUGGUGACGCCAAUACUGCAAAGCAGUUAUUAUAGUAAUGGACUAGCACAUGUGCGGUUAGCUAGCCUACAUCUCUAUGAGGAGAUACGGAAAUAUAAAAUAAGUCUUUAUCCGCGCGUUGGUUCUUUUUUUAACAUAAACCUCUUCCUUGGUCUUUUGAAACGCACAUUUAAGGGAGUCGUAGGGACCUUAGGUUAUUUCCAUCGCGUUCAUUCCGUACCCGUCUAAUGCUGCUUGUGGUUCUGAGGCUGUCUCGCGACGUUGCUGCUCAUUGCUUCCCUCCGCGUGCGCGCGUCUGGGCGUCCCGUGCAAUUCUGUGCUUCUCCGGCAAUUCCAAAGUUAUCGGCGUUUAUGUUGCUCACACUUUGAACAGAAAUAAAGGAACUUCUCCCGUCGGCGGUGCAUCGCCUCCCCUCUCCUACGUGCCGCGCCAGCUGCAGCCAUGGAGACCACGAAACUGCCCCCGUCCAGCCCGUCCUCGCCUACUACGGGCUUCUCGGUGCCGAGCGCGGAGAAGGUGGACGGGUUCCCGCGGCGGUCGAUGCGCAGAGCGCGCCAGCGCAGGUCGCACAGCUCCUCGCAGUUCCGCUAUCAGAGCUCUCAGGUGGAGCUGACGCCGCUGCCGCUGCUCAAAGACGUUCCCGUGGCCGAGCUGCACGAGCUCUUCUGUAAGAAGCUGCAGCAGUGCUGUGUGCUGUUUGACUUCCUGGACUGCGUGGCAGACCUGAAGGGCAAGGAGAUCAAGAGGGCGGCGCUGAACGAGCUGGUGGAGGGCCUGGCCACCGGCCGCGGCGUGCUCAUCGAACCCGUCUACCCAGAGGCCGUCAAGAUGAUCUCGGUGAACAUCUUCCGCACCCUGCCGCCCAGCGAGAACCCCGAGUUCGACCCCGAGGAGGACGAGCCCACGCUGGAGGCGUCCUGGCCUCACCUGCAGCUAGUGUACGAGUUCUUCCUGCGGCUCCUGGAGAGCCCGGACUUCCAGCCCUCUUUGGCCAAACGCUACCUGGACCAGAAGUGUGUCCUACAGCUGCUGGAGCUGUUUGACAGCGAGGACCCCAGAGAGAGGGAGUACCUGAAGACCAUCCUGCACCGCGUCUACGGAAAACUACUGGGGCUGCGAGCUUACAUCCGCAAGCAGAUCAACAACAUCUUCCUCAGGUUUAUUUAUGAAACAGAGCGUUUUAAUGGAGUUGCUGAGCUCCUCGAGAUUCUGGGCAGCAUCAUUAAUGGCUUCGCCCUGCCACUGAAGGCGGAGCAUAAGCAGUUCCUGGUGCGCGUGCUGAUCCCUCUGCACACCGCCCGCUCCCUGUCCAUCUUCCACGCACAGCUGGCGUACUGUGUGGUGCAGUUUAUGGAGAAAGACGCCACCGUCACGGAAUACAUAAUCCGCGGCUUGCUGAAAUACUGGCCGAAGACCUGCACUCAGAAAGAGGUGAUGUUCCUGGGGGAGAUGGAGGAGAUCUUGGACGUUAUUGAACCCUCGCAGUUCCUCCGGGUCCAGGAGCCACUCUUCAGACAGAUCGCUGCCUGCAUAUCCAGCUCACACUUCCAGGUUGCAGAGCGGGCUCUGUAUUUCUGGAAUAAUGAGUACAUCCUGAGCCUGAUCGAGGAGAACUGCCAGGUCAUCCUGCCGCUGGUCUUCAGCACGCUCUACAGAGUCUCCAAAGAGCACUGGAACCAGACCAUCGUGUCUCUCAUUUAUAACGUUCUCAAGACCUUCAUGGAGAUGAACAGCAAACUCUUCGACGAUCUCACCGCCUCUUACAAAGUGGAGAAGCAGAAGGAGCAGCAGAGGGACAGGGAGAGGGUGGAGUUAUGGAGGGGGCUGGAGGAGCUGGAGGAGAGGAGGCUCCAGACCCUGCAGGAGGUCAGCCUCAACCAGAGAAACCUUCAGGAUCACCCCGCCCCCUCCCAGCCAGGCCCCGCCCCCUCCCAGCCUGACCCCACCCACACUGACCCCACCCAGCCCGACCCAGUGCCCAGCAGCACCAGCGCCACCUAGAGCACCCUGCCCAGUCCUGCACAUACUGCAGACCUCCUACUGCACACUACACACUACACACUCUCACACUUAGAGAACAUACAAACAACACUACAGACCUCCCACUACACACUACACACUCUCACACUUAGAGAACAUACAAACAACACUGCAGACCUCCCACUACACACUGCACUCUACACACUCACACACUUAGAGAACAUACAAACGACACUACACACCUCCCACUGCACACUGCACACUACACACUUACACACUCACACACUUCGAGAACAUACAAACCACACUACAGACCUCCCACUACACACUGCACACACACACACACACACUCACACACACACACACACACUCACACUCACACACUACACACACACUCACACACACACACACACACACACACUACACACACACACACAGGUGGAAUCUAGAACGUCCAUCCAUUCUGUUCCAGUUCUGACCCAGUCCUUACCCAGACCCGGCCAAAUUGACUUUUUUUUCUCUGAAAAUAGAAGAGGAACAACGCUUAAAAAGGGAUAAACUUUCUUGUUUUUUUCUUCUACUGCUACUACCACUACCAGUAAUGUUUUAUAUACAUGUAUAUGAGUGCAGUGUCUGUGGGCCUUCUCUGUAGCCUUCUCUGCAGUGUCUGUGGGCCUUCAGUGUCUGUGGGCCUCCAUUACCCCAGCAUUGCGUGCUGCUAUUCAAACCUGUAUCCAUGUGAGAAUUUCAGUCUGUCUAAACCCCUGAAUGAGGUCUGACCAAGCCAGUGUUAGAGAGAGAAAAAGAUGUGUUACAUUAGCAAUAUUGUUCUUUGUUUUUAAUUAAGUCUGUGAUGGAGGUAGGGGCGGAGCCAGAGAGGCUCUCCCCGCCCCCCUCUGUUAAGUAGCCAAUCGACACAUUUUGUCAGUGCCUCUGACCAAUGAUUUGCCAGUUUGAAAUUUUAAAUUUGCACUCAUUUCACUGUUAUUAUUUUUUUUUAAUGGUUUUUGUUAGUUUGUUGGCUUGCUCACGUGGCGUAAUCAUUCUGAAGCUGGUUUGUGUCUGAUCCCCGAUCAGGGUGUGGAAACAGGUUAAAGGGGAGGAUUGUAAUGCUGUCAGUGAUUCAUUGUUUUUGUGACUCAUUCACACGUAUUUGCACUUGUACGUAUUUGAGUGAGUGAAAGUGUGUGUGGUGUGUGCGCGUGCAUGCACGUGUGUGUAUGUGUGUGUGUGUGUGUGUUUGCUAAUGUGUGUGUAUGUCUGUGUGUGUGUGUGUGUGUGUGUGCGUGUGUGUGUGCAUGUGGAUAGGCAUAUCAGGUUGAGGGAGACAGAUGGAACGUGUGUAUUUCAGUAAGCUCUGGGGGGGGGGGUAAUAUGAGGGAGAGAUGGUGUUAUUCUGGGAUGGCAGCAGACUGAUCAGCUUCUGUUGCUCCUCCAUAACACCUGUUUGCAAGAACGCAGCUCUAUUUAGAAUGUAAUAUUUCUGACUGUGUUUCUGCCAUAUUUUAGCUGGUAGUCUUCAUUGUCAUCUCGCUGAUUUUCAGGUCAAAACCAUGCCUUGUUCACUCACUGUCUGCUUUAGCCACACUGACACAUGUUGCUUUUUUUAAAUGAGCAUCAUUAGGAUUUGCUGGCUCAUAAUCAGAUAUAUCAUUACGAAUGCAGUAUGAAGUAUGAUAUCAGAAGGAGGGUUGUGGGGUCCUAUCACAGUGCAGUAUGAAGUAUGAUAUCAGAAGGAGGGCUGUGGGGUCCUAUCACAGUGCAGUAUGAAGUAUGAUAUCAGAAGGAGGGCUGUGGGGUCCUAUCACAGCUCUGUAGCGCCAUCUGGUGCCCAAACCACGCACAACCUCAGCUGUUAUUUUCGCUGGAAGAAGGGCGGGGCAGAAGAAGGGUGGGGCAGAAACGAAGCACACCAGAUGUGCUGAACUGAGACCUGGAAGGCUGGGGUGAGUGCUUUGCUUUUUAAAAUAAACCCACUUUUCAUUUAAAAUACUCUUCUUGAGCAGAGAUAAUGGAUUGCUACUGGAUCUCUGCAGUAACUCACUUGAAAUUUUGGCCUUUAGGGUGAUGUUAGUUACUCUGAUUAAUCUAAGAUGCAAAGGACCCUACGCUUAUAUUUGGGUUACCAUGGUAAUUUUUCUCUGGUUAAGUAUGUCCACUUAUGUUUUACUUUUAGUUUUAGAAAUUUGUUUUUACUUACAAGUAAAUCCACUGCUUUGUUUUUUUUUGUUUUUCUUUUAUUUGCCCAUCUGGUUUAGUGAUGAAUUCUUUGGACCCUCCCCCCUAAAUAAGAGGUCAGGACAUUGGGACGCGGAGCUGUCACUCACAUGGGUCGCCCUAUGUUUAUCCUGCAGGUGUACAGAACUGUCUGGGAUGAUGCCGCUCACUGGUUUGAUUAAUUUGAGCUGUAUUUCAUUAAACUUCUGGUUUACGAA